GAGGAGGGGAGAGGGCACCGAGCGGUGCCUGCCUCCCUGCCCUUGUCCGGCAGUGACUGGCUCCCGGCAGGCCUCUGGAGGCCUGAGUCCCAGGCCCAAGGACUCAUGCAUCCCCCACGAUCCCUGCUCUGAGCCUCAGUCUCCGCCCCUGUGCAAUGGGCUAGUGGUGCUAUGAUUCCCACAGGUCCCUUUUGCACGGUUGGGCUGUUAGCCCGGAAGGCAGAGGGCCGGGGCAAUUUCCUUUCUGCUCCCUGGGAGGCCUGUUUCCUCUUAUUUCCCGGGGCCUGGGGGAUGGGGAGAGGGUCGGGGUCUGGCUGGGUACCUUAGGCGGCUGUCCAGGCUAGUAAUGCUGGGAUUGGAACUAGCCCUGUCCGCUGGGAGGCGGAGAGAGAAACUGAGGCGGAUGAUUGUGAUGGUUGGAAGACCUGGAAUCAGCUGUGGGCGUGGAUGCUCCCUCUUGUCACCCUGGGGAAGGGGCUUCACCUCUCUGAGCGUCCGUUUCUCUGUCUGAAAACCGGGAUUAGCAGCCCCUCCCUCCCAGGAUGGAUGCUAGGGCUCCCUGGCACUUUCCACCAGGUGCUCGCCAAAGUUCACAGAGGAGAAAUUCGGCCAGGCUGAGAAGACCGAGCUCGAUGCCCACUUUGAGAACCUUCUGGCCCGGGCGGACAGCACCAAGAACUGGACGGAGAAGAUCCUGAGGCAGACGGAGGUGCUCCUGCAGCCCAACCCCAGUGCCCGAGUGGAGGAGUUCCUGUACGAGAAGCUGGACAGGAAGGUGCCCUCGCGGGUCACCAAUGGGGAGCUGCUGGCUCAGUACAUGGCAGAGGCGGCCAAUGAGCUGGGGCCCACCACUCCCUACGGGAAGACACUGAUCAAGGUGGCAGAAGCCGAAAAGCACCUGGGAGCCGCAGAGCGGGAUUUCAUUCACGCAGCCUCCAUCAACUUCCUCACGCCCCUGCGCAACUUCCUGGAGGGGGACUGGAAGACGAUCUCGAAGGAGCGGCGGCUCCUCCAAAACCGGCGUCUAGACCUGGAUGCCUGCAAAGCACGACUGAAGAAGGCCAAGGCUGCAGAAGCCAAGGCCGCGACGGUGCCUGACUUUCAGGAGACUAGACCUCGUAAUUAUAUUCUCUCAGCCAGCGCCUCUGCGCUCUGGAAUGAUGAGGUUGACAAGUCCGAGCAGGAGCUCCGAGUGGCCCAGACCGAGUUUGACCGGCAGGCAGAGGUGACCCGUCUCCUGCUGGAGGGGAUCAGCAGCACUCAUGUGAACCACCUUCGCUGCCUGCACGAGUUUGUCGAGUCUCAGACAACCUACUAUGCGCAGUGCUACCGCCACAUGCUGGACUUGCAGAAGCAGCUGGGCAGAUUUCCAGGCACCUUCGUGGGCACCACAGAGCCCGCCUCCCCGCCCCUCAGCAGCACCUCACCCACCACCACCGCGGCCACCAUGCCCGUGGAGCCCUCCGUGGCUGGCCUGGCCCCCCCAGGGGAGGCUGCGCUCUGCCUGGAGGAGGUGGCUCCACCCGCCAGCGGAACCCGCAAGGCCCGGGUUCUCUACGACUACGAGGCCGCUGACAGCAGUGAGCUGGCCCUGCUGGCUGAUGAGCUCAUCACUGUCUACAGCCUGCCUGGCAUGGACCCCGACUGGCUCAUUGGCGAGAGAGGCAACAAGAAGGGCAAGGUCCCGGUCACCUACCUAGAACUGCUCAGCUAAGGACCCCCAGGCCCCUGCCUGUUCCGGCCUGGGCAGGAGAGGACGGUGCAGCCCUGCCAUUUGUCUUGUCUGUUGGUGACCUAGCUGCUCAGGGUGGGGAGACUAACCCCUUCCUGGCCCUGCCCCUGGUCGUCAGCUGUGAGGGGCCCCAGAGGCUGAAUGUUCCCAGCCCCUCCCCCAGUCCUGCUUCUGACCUGGUUCUGGAGUCCCCAUCCUGCCUGCGUCCCCUGAGCACCCCAGUCCUCCUGGCUCCUCUAAGGAGGGGGAGCUGGCUGCGGCCGCACUCAGCACCUCAGCCUGGGGGAGGUGAGGGCCUGAGAAGCCCUGGGGCUCACCCUUGGCAAAAGAACACCUGCCUUUUAGUUGCCAAAAGCAGCGAAGCGGGAAGGCAGGCCCCGGGGACUGGGCGCCGUCCCCUCUGGAUGGACUGGAACAGGGGAGCCUGGCCGGAGGCAGGGCUGGGCCAUGGAGCGGCAUCUCCCCGGUGCUACCCUCCCCUCGUACCCCGGAGCUCAAGCCAAGUAUGGUGGCUGCAGCCCGCACCUCUCCACACUCACUUUUUAACUGAUCUUUUUACUCUGCCUGUCUGCUUUGCUCUCUAGCCAUGAUGAAUAAACGCUCUCCGUGUGCAUGUC